AUGGUGCUGGUGGCGGUGGUCCCUGCCAAAGCAGACUGUUUAAUGGGACGCUGCUCUAGGCUGGGCUGGAACUGGACCACACAUGUAGGCCGCUGACUCAGGCUCCUCCUGCAGCACCGCAUGCCCAGGGAUUUGGAGUGUGCUCAGUAAUGGCUGUGGCAACUCCAUGAUCUUCAGAAAGGGCCUCUCCUUAGCCCUUGGGUUUUCAAGCAUUUGUUCCUUACAGGCUUGUCCUGUGUCUAUUGAUUGCACAGGGCUAGUAAGGCUGAGGAAUGGGGUUGGUGGGCCUAGGUCUUUGCUCUCCUGGUACAGGAAACACUCUGGGACCUGUGCAAGGAUUUCUGUCCCCAGGGCCAGCACCCUUCUUUGGGGUCCCGGGCCUCCAUCGUUGACUGAUCUCCUGACCCUUCCCUUUCACUUGACAUUUUCUCUUCUCCCUUUCCCAUCCUGGGCAAGUGCUCUAUCUAGCUCCUGGUUCUUCUUCUCAGAUCGCUGGGCCUACCUUAGCCCCUGGCUCCUGACCUCCCAUGCUUAUUCCUAGCUGAUCCUUUUCCCUACAUACCUAGCUAAGGCUUAGGUCUAGGCAAUAAGCACAGUGCAUAUAUGUCUGGUGGUCAGGAUUGAAAAGUCUGCUUAACACGCGUGGAAUGAAAAGCUGCCCUUAAAUAGUGUCAGGUCCUUAACUCCUGUCUUGGUGGCUCUGUGAAAGACAGGAACCCUGUAUGCUUGU